ACCUGACUGAGCAGACUUCAUUUAGUAAACCGAUGUGAGAUGUUAAGAUCUGGGAUUACUUAUCUGGACAAUGGAUUUGGAAGAGGCUUUUCAAGUGGUCGGAGAGUUCGGCCGACACCAGAAAGUGAUUGAUACCGUUUUGAUACUGCUCCAGAUCUACAUGGCUUGCCAGUCCAUGCUAAUUGUGCUGGUGGGCGCCGUUCCAGAGUACCACACAGAGCCCGUCACGGACAGCAGCGGAGGUGAUGUAACGCAGUCCGUCACGUUUACGGAUGACGUGAACUCCAUCGUGACGGAGUGGUAUCUGGUGAACCAGCAGGCCUACAAAGUUAGUCUGGCGGGAUCUCUGUUCUUCACCGGUGUGCUCGUCGGGAACGUGCUCUUUGGGCCGCUCUCCGACAGGAUCGGGAGAAAACCCGUGUUCCUCACAGGCAUGUUUUUCGAGCUCCUCUUUGCCUACGGCAGCGCCCUGGCGCCCAGCUACGAGCUCUUUGCCCUGUCCCGCUUGUUGAUGGGCAUGAUGAAUGGGAGCAUGGCUCUGGUCUGCUUCAUCCUCUCUCAGGAGUAUGUGGGGAAGUCCUACUGGGCCCUGACAGGAACGCUGACUAACAUGACAUUUGCCGUGGGCAUUGCGUUGUUCGCUCUGCUUGGUUACAUUAGGCAGUGGCGUAACCUAGCAACGGCAGUCAACUGUCCCGGCGUGCUGCUCUUCCUGUUCUGCAUCGUCCUGCCUGAGUCGCCACGCUGGCUAUACUCCAGGGGGCGCUCUUCGCAGGCCGAGCGUGUGCUGCAGGCUUUCGCGGUGCGGAAUGGCAAGGGCCGGGUCACGCUGAAGUUGCGUCGCGUGCUCAGCCCGGCUGGCCCUGACGCGUCCGGCCCGGGGCUCUUCCGGCUGGCCACUCACCCUGUGCUCCGCUGCAGGACUCUGGUCCUCAUGUUCGUCUGUCUCGUGUACUAUGGCCUGACGAUGAAUGCGAGUGCGGACAGGGGAAGUCGCUAUCUUAGUGUAGCCAUGUACGGUCUGGUGGAGCUGCCUGCCUACCCACUAUGCAUUUAUGUCAUCAACAAGCCCUGGUCUCUUCUGUCUCUUCUCCAUGGCUGUUCCUGUUCACUCUGCACUCCCAGGAACAGCUUGACCUCUUCAGGGAGAUCAAAGCUACUCAGCAAGCCUUGCUGGAGGUGGUGGUGUUUCCCUACAAGCUCAGGUCUUCUACCAGAGGCCUGGGAGCUUGAGAGUCCUGCGUAGUAUCUUAGCUGUUCCCAGGACUGCACUCUUCUGGACAGACAUCUAGGAUGUUGUUCCUGGCAUUUGCUGGAGCCAUUGGGGGUCAUUUGGGAUGAAACCCUCCGUACAUUGUGAGACAUUUCCUUGUUUUGAUGUCAAUGGCUUCUAUCUCCUCCUUUGGCUGCCUUUUUAUUCCAACGGGGUAUCUGAUAAAUGGCAGAGCCUAGGUGUUGAUAGCCUGGAUCUUGGUUCUCCCAUUCAGCUGACUUCUUGGGACUUGCCUAACUCUUUGUAGGUCCCCCAACAUCUGACACAGAACUUGCUGACCCAGACAACAUCCAAGCCGCUGUGAAUCUCUUGAUUAGGCACAACAACAUGCAACUAGAAGGCUUAGAACUACACACAGUGAGACUGCAUAAUAUGCAGACAGAAAAGCGGAUCUUAAAUACACAAGGAGGGGUCAGUAGACUGAGAAUAGGCACAAUCAAUAAGCAGGGUAGUUAUAUCUAGUUGGCAGAAGUUGGCUGGAGGAUCAUAGGAGUUGGAGUCCAUGACAGAAGCAGUACGGGAAAUGGAAGAAUCAGGUGAGACAUAUUUUAUUAUAGUUUGCUGCACAGGCACGUGCAAUCAGCAGAGGAAAAAUGUCAAAAUACAGUGGCAGAGAGCCAUCAAGCAAGGGAAAAAGGAACUGCAUGCACCUGAUCACAUAACCAUUGGGGUUACUAUCUGGUUCUUCAGUGCAUGACAGUUUAUUCUCGAGAGGAAUGUCAACUGUAGGUAUGGUAUUAUCUAUGACAUUGUUACUAUCUUAUUGUAGUGAUACGCAGUGAGAACUGAUCUGUCUUGGUUUAAUGGACAUUUAUAUACACUUAUAUCGUGAUCUUUGUAAUACUCAAGGACGCUUCACAAUCAACACCAUACAAUCCUUUUACAUCUAGUCAGCAUAUUAUGGUCGUUUUACUCUCACAGCGUACAUAACACAGGAAACCUCUUUACCCCGGUACGGUGCGCACACGCCCACGCACACACACACACACACACACACACACACACACACACACGAAUCAUCACU